AUGUCACGGCUCAAUGAUCCAGUAGAGCUUUUACAGCAAACCCGGUCCAAUUUCAUCAUUGAAAGCGAUGUCUCUAAUAUUAAAGAGAUCAAGAGUAAUAUGAGACAGCUCACGAAAUUGAUGGCUGAGAAACAAACACACCACAAUGAGCUCAUGAAACAAUUGCAAUCACAGCUGCAAAGACAGCAAACUAAAGUGCAGGCACUUAAAAAGAAUUUUCAGGAGCAAACAAGCCAAGUGAAACGCGUAGAGGACGAAUUAAACAUACCGAAAUUGCAACAAGACAUAGAUAAACUGGUACAGGAAAUUAACCAGCUUCGAGAUACGAUACAAGAGGGUAUUCAAAAGGUCGUAGAAACACAGAAACAAUUACUCAAUGACGAUACUGAUGCUGCCCACACGAUUGAUGAGGAACCGAUCGGUAAAGAUGACAAGAUACGUGUGCUAAAGUUGAAGUUGUUCCAUUCCCUUGACGUAGCACUAUAUAAUGACCAAUUGCUCGAUCUAAGGAAUGAAGCCCGUCCAUUAUCAUCAUCAUCAUCAUCUCACAACAUCUGGGAUGAACUAUGA